UCCUCAUUAAUGUGCAGCCCUUUAAAGACGUUUUGAAUUGAAACAGCUGACUAUUAGUUUGAGAAGCAUCACUAUUGUCGAGAGCUCCUUCGUUCACGUCAACAUGCUCCAUGGUGGUCGGCAGUGUGUUGGUCACAAGUUGAUCUGGUGGUUCUCUGCCUUUCGUGGUGACCAGUGACCGCAGUGCAGGUUAUUUAAUUGUGCGAACAGAGUAUAAAUCGUGUCGCUUUUGGCCUAGUGGUAAGAUCCCCGUCAGUUAAACUUUUUUCCUCCCAAAGACAUGAGUUCGAAUCCCGUAACAUCAUUAUAUAUAUUUUUUGUUGUGGUUUUUGUACUACAGAGUUAUGCUACGUGAUACAUGUUUGCACAAAACAGACUCCCAAUUGUAUGUUGAUUAAGUGUUUAUUUAUUUGACCAAAUGUAUUUCAAAGGAAGGGCAGUUUGCUAACUUCCUGUUUCAACCAUAAACAACACGCGACGCUUCAAGUCGCUGGACGCUUUCUCUUCUCCAUCGUCUCCUCCGGUUCAGACACGAGAAGGUUUCUCAUUGAAUUGUAGAACUAAACAAUGCGGCAUUCGCGAGGACAGCUGCGUGUUCUCCUGCUAUUAUCAACAUCUGCCGUAACUACGACAACAACAGACGCAUUGGACCGAAGGUCGCCAGUUAACAGGGACUCAGGUUGAACCGGAACACCGGCAUGGCGACACAAGGGGCGGGGCUGUGAGAUUACAGCAUCUCUCUGCGGAGCCAGCGGACAUCUGGAGCUGCACGGGAACCAGACCUCCGAGCAGCAGCGCCCGACGCCCCGCACCGAGCCGGCCCGGGUCCCAGCGUCUGUCUCCGGGCUGCGGUGUGGUCGUUGCCCGGUGUCCCGGUGUCUCUGCACCGGCAGCUGCCGCUCUCCGGAGGGACGCGCCUGCCGGUAGGAACACGGAAAUAGGACCGAGUCCCGAGGGAGGAGGAGGAGGAGGAGGAGGAGGAGGGGGGGUCGAGAGACUGAAGUGAUCCGACAUCUGAGGGCUGCGGCCCCGCUGGGAGCUGCAACACUGGACCUGGUCUGCCUGCGUCCUGGUUCUGGACUGAAGGGCCUGGCUGGCCCUUGAGGGGUUCUGGUUCAGAGUCUCUGGUCUUUCCGGUCUCUGGUGCUGAGGGAUCCUCCUGCUGCUGGUCUGGAUUAACACCCAUCAGGGUCAUGGACCCCACGCCGCUCCUCUAAUCUGGGUUUUACGGGGCUAGAUUUAAAUCUGAGGUCUGAGCUGGUUCACUCAGAUCGGGUCCCACCUGACCCGGUCUGAACCGGACCCCCCCGGUCGCGGUAGUGACCUCGGUCCCGGUCCUCUCGGUCCUGCUGUUGCCAUGCCGACGUCCCGGCCCGGUUCGGCGCCGGUGGAGUUCUGGGUGGACGGGUCGAGACGGGACGGGGCGGUGGAGGAGUUCUACACCCUGAGCUCCGAGCUGGGCAGACCGGCCAGGAAUGUGUGUGUGUGCUCAUCGCGGCGUAGGACGAAGCGGGCGUUCAGGCUCAUCGCCCUCAAAGUCCUCAAGAAAACGAUUGACAAGAAAAUAGUUCGCACAGAAAUCGGAGUCCUGCUGCGUCUGUCCCACCCGAACAUCAUCCAGCUGAAGGAGAUCUUUGAGAGCGACAGCGACAUCGCGCUGGUGCUGGAGCUGGUGACGGGAGGAGAGCUGUUCGACCGGAUCGUGGAGCGAGGCUACUACAGCGAGAGAGACGCCGCCCACGUCAUCAAGCAGAUCCUGGAGGCGGUGGCGUAUCUCCAUGACAACGGAGUCGUGCAUCGAGACCUCAAACCAGAGAACCUGCUGUACGCCGACAUGGCGCUGGACGCGCCGCUGAAGAUCGCCGACUUCGGCCUCUCCAAGAUCAUCGACGACCAGGUGACCAUGAAGACCGUCUGCGGCACGCCGGGCUACUGUGCUCCAGAGAUCUUGAGGGGGAACGCGUACGGCCCUGAAGUGGACAUGUGGUCUGUGGGCGUGAUCCUCUACAUCCUGCUCUGUGGCUUCGAGCCCUUCUUCGACCCGCGGGGCGACCAGUUCAUGUACGGUCGAAUCCUCAACUGCGACUACGAGUUUGUGUCUCCGUGGUGGGACGACGUGUCGCUCAACGCCAAGGACCUGGUCAGCAAGCUGAUCGUCCUGGACCCCCACCAGCGCCUCAGUGUCCGGGAGGCCUUGCAGCACCCCUGGGUGCUGGGCAAAGCCGCCCGCUUCUCCCACAUGGACACGGCCCAGAGGAAGCUGCAGGAGUUCAACGCUCGCCGUAAACUGAAGGCCGCCAUGAAGGCCGUCGUGGCCACCGGCCGGAUGCACGAGGGUUCACGGCGUCGCGCCGACAGCUGUGACAUUCCAGGCUCGGGGCCUUCGAGGCAGAGCAGCGUGCAGCAGGACCCUCCUCCCGAGUCAACAAGCCCCGCCCCCACAGAAAAAGAAGCCCGACCCCCGGAUCAACAGUCACCUCACGAGGACGAAUCAAAGCCCGCCGACCGAAGUUCCCUCGGCCCCUCCCCUCGUCACAGCCUCAAACCACCCAGCUUUGAUGUCACGCCAACAGGCUCCGCCCCCACUAGACCGCCGCUGCGUGCCGACGGGCUCCGACAGGCGUCCGUCGGCCCCAAAACCACGCCGGUAAAGAAGAGCUGCUCCGUGGUAGAGCCCGCCUCUAGGGUCGAGGCCCCGCCCACACUGGCGACACUUCCGAGUCCCAGCGGACUCAGCAACGGUCUCACGCCGGCGGCGGCGCCCGCCAGUGAGACCGCCCCCUGCCAGUGAUCAUCUGACAGUGAAGGCGUCCAUCUUUAAUCAUUUAAUGGGACCUCGUAACUUAACAUUUAACUUCCAUUGAUGUAGCUCUGCUGCUACGCUAACAUGCUAACAGUUACGUUUCUGUUGUUGCUGGUUACUGGUUGCUAGUUGCUAGUUACUGGUUGUUAGUUGCUAGUUCUGGUUACUGGUUGCUAGUUACUGGUUGUUAGUUGCUAGUUCUGGUUACUGGUUGCUAGUUACUGGUUGUUAGUUGCUAGUUCUGGUUACUGGUUGCUGGUUGCUAGUUACUGGUUGCUAGUUCUGGUUACUGGUUGUUAGUUGCUAGUUCUGGUUACUGGUUGCUAGUUACUGGUUGUUAGUUGCUAGUUCUGGUUACUGGUUGUUAGUUGCUGGUUGCUAGUUACUGGUUGCUAGUUCUGGUUACUGGUUGUUAGUUGCUAGUUCUGGUUACUGGUUACUAGUUCUGGUUACUGGUUGCUAGUUACUGGUUGUUAGUUGCUAGUUCUGGUUACUGGUUGCUAGUUACUGGUUGUUAGUUGCUAGUUCUGGUUACUGGUUGUUAGUUACUGGUUGCUAGUUACUGGUUGCUAGUUUUGGUUGCUAGUUACUGGUUGCUAGUUACUGGUUGCUGGUUGCUAGUUCUGGUUACUGGUUGUUAGUUGCUAGUUCUGGUUACUGGUUGCUAGUUACUGGUUGCUAGUUCUGGUUGCUAGUUGCUAGUUCUGGUUACUGGUUGCUAGUUACUGGUUGUUAGUUGCUAGUUCUGGUUACUGGUUGUUAGUUACUGGUUGCUAGUUACUGGUUGCUAGUUGCUAGUUCUGGUUACUGGUUGUUAGUUGCUGGUUGCUAGUUACUGGUUGCUAGUUCUGGUUGCUAGUUACUGGUUGUUAGUUGCUAGUUCUGGUUACUGGUUGUUAGUUGCUGGUUGCUAGUUACUGGUUGCUAGUUCUGGUUACUGGUUGUUAGUUGCUAGUUCUGGUUGCUAGUUACUGGUUGCUAGUUCUGGUUACUGGUUGCUAGUUACUGGUUGUUAGUUGCUAGUUCUGGUUACUGGUUGCUAGUUACUGGUUGCUAGUUACUGGUUGUUAGUUGCUAGUUCUGGUUACUGGUUGCUAGUUACUGGUUGUUAGUUGCUAGUUCUGGUUACUGGUUGCUAGUUACUAGUUGUUAGUUGCUAGUUCUGGUUACUAGUUACUGGAUGCUAGAUGCUAGUUACUGGUUGCUAGUUGCUGGUUACUGGUUGUUGGUUGCUAGUUGCUGGUUACUAGUUGCUGGUUGUUAGUUGCUAGUUCUGGUUACUGGUUGCUAGUUACUGGUUGCUA